AUGUCAACCACACGCUGCGUAUUUAACGCAGCAUCUGCUCUGCGACGUGUAUUUCUCGCACCCAUUGACCACACAUCCACACCUCUCCUCCGCCCAUUGACCUUCUCCUCGCACCUCACGCGCAUCCACGCAAGCCGUACACAGCAGCAUCGGACCCUCCUAAAAAGCACCUCGCACAUCGUACCCGAACAGCGACUUCCACGGGAUGAAGAAAUCAAAGACCUAUACGUGCGUCUCAAAAACAGCGAACAAAGACUCGACCCCCCAAAAGCCACCUCUGAAAUCCUCAAAUCAAUUAACCUCAAAACACACAUGUUACAAAUCAUCGCAUAUAGCGAUGAUGGGGAACCUCCUAUUGCGAAAAUUAUUGAUAAAGGGGAAGCGGCGAGACAGAAGAGAUUAGCGAAGAAGAAGAAGAAUCCUGCGACGGUUACCAAGACGAUUGAGAUGAAUUGGGCGAUUGGGAAGAAUGAUUUAAGUCAUCGGUUGCAGAGGAUUAGGGAGUUUUUGGAGAAGGGGAAUAAGGUUGAGGUGGUGUUGGCGGAGAAGAGGAAGGGGAGGAGAGCAAGUGGGGAGGAGGCGGGGGAGGUGAUUGGGAAGGUGAGGGAGUUUGUGGAGGGGGUGGAGGGCGCGAGGGAGAGUAGGGGGAUGGAGGGGACGGUGGGGACGCAGGCGGUUUUGUAUUUUGAGGGGAGGGUUGUGGGGAAGAAGGGGAAGGGGGAGGAGGGGGAGGGUGAGGGUGAGAAGCAGGAUGGGGAGGAUGAGAAGCAGGGUGAGGAGGGGGAGGGUGAGAAAAUGGAAGAAGAAGCUGAGAACAUAGCAGAAGAAGAGAACUUCAAAUUAGGAGCAGCCAACUAA